UCACUACUCUCGUAGGUAGUGGACAGCAGACAGUGGAUUAGUGCUAAUGGUGGACAAGUCGAUAUAUAUUUCUUAGUGAAUUUCAAAAGAUAAAGAUACACUCGUGUCUGCAAUUAUUGUGGUUUUGUUUUAACUCGUUUCAUUUCGAUUGUUUGUGAGUGACCUACGAUGAACACGUCGCCUUACAUAAGCCCCCUGCCCAGUCCGAGGUCACCAACUAGCCCAAUCAGUCCGGUCAGUCCAGGUCGCCACGUGAAGGUCAAGAAGAAUCCGUUCAGCAACCCAGACUUACCUGGCUAUGUCGGUUUUGCCAAUCUACCUAAUCAGAUUCAUCGAAAGUCAGUCAAGAGGGGUUUUGAAUUUACACUGAUGGUUGUUGGUGAGAGUGGUCUCGGGAAAUCCACGCUGAUCAACACAUUAUUUUUAACGGACCUAUACCCUGAUAGAGUUUUACCCUCUGCUCAAGGUUAUAUCAGUAAAACCGUGAAGAUUGAUGUGUCGACAGUAGAGAUUGAAGAACGGGGCGUGAAGGUUAGGCUAACGGUUGUAGAUACUCCGGGAUAUGGAGACGCCAUUGAUAACACUGACUGUUUCCAAUCCAUCAUUCAGUACAUCAAUGAUCAGUUUGAGAGAUACCUCCAGGAUGAGUCGGGGCUCAACCGACGUCACAUAGUAGACAACAGAGUUCAUUGUUGCUUCUAUUUCAUCAACCCUGCUGGUCAUGGGCUGAAACCUUUGGACAUUCAAUUCAUGAAGCAGCUGCACAACAAGGUGAACAUUGUUCCCGUUAUCGCUAAGGCUGACACCCUAACAAAGCAGGAGGUACAGAAGCUCAAACGUAAGGUACUGGACGAAAUUGGCGAGAAUGAUAUCCACAUUUACCCACUGCCUGAUUGUGACACAGAUGAAGAGGAGGAUUACAAGGAGCAGGUUCGUCAACUGAAAGAAGCAGUGCCUUUUGCCGGUGGAUCUACUACAGUGUUAGAUGUUGGUGGGAAAAAAGUUCGAGGUCGUCAGUAUCCGUGGGGUGUCAUCGAAGUCGAGAAUCCAAGUCACUGUGAUUUUAUCAAGCUUCGAUGUCUACUCGGAACGCACAUGCAAGAUCUCACUGAAGUCACCCAGGAUGUUCACUAUGAAAACUAUCGUUCAGAGAGAUUGGCCAAGGGCGGUUCACCCAUAACAUCGGCCGCUGCUGUGGCUGCAAACAACUCCAUUAAUUCCCACGGAAAUUCUGUUACUGUCGCCAAGGGAAAAUUGUAAGUAGCGGUGAUAUUCAUCAGUGU